AUGGGAUCAAACACUUCAAAACCAGAAACUAAAGUAUUUACUCCAAAUAUUCCAGUUGAUUUCAGUGCUUCAUUCUUAUCACAAUUAGAAUCAUCACAAGAGUCCGAUUUUUCACGUGCUCAACAUACUGAAAAAUAUAUUCAAGAAAGAGUGGCAGCUGAAUUAACCAAAUUAGAAGCAGAAACAAUUGAAAAGUUUAGAAAUACUACCAGCAAUGCAUUAAUAAAGGACAAUGACAACAGCAACACAGUAGAAGCAGACAAAUUAGCUUCAGUACCUUCAUUAAAUGAAAAAAUCACCAAAUUGACUGAAUUAUUACAAGAAAAUAUUAAAUUAGCUAAAAUUGAAGUAUCAGAUUCGGUCAAAGCUUCAAGAGAAGAAGUUAUUAAAUGCUUAAAUGAAAAUCAAGGAAAGAGUUUGAAUUGUUGGGAUGAAGUUGAAACUUUUAGAAAAUUAGUUAAAGAAUUGUAA